AAAAAUUGGAUAUAAAUAGUUGAAAACAAACCAAGCCGCUAUAUUUAUAUGUUAUUUAUCUUCAAUCAAACAGCAGUAUCUUCCAGAGUUCGGCAUCAGAAAGCUGUCCUUCUUCUUCUUUUCUAUAGAUUUGCGAUUCUUGUUUGAAAAAGGUAAAUGGCGAAAAGUAGCUUCAAGCAAGAGCACGAUCUUGAGAAGAGACGUGCUGAGGCUGCUCGGAUUAGGGAAAAAUACCCAGAUAGGAUUCCGGUGAUAGUCGAGAAAGCAGAGAGAAGUGAUAUUCCCAACAUAGAUAAGAAAAAGUACCUUGUCCCGGCUGACUUGACUGUGGGACAAUUUGUCUACGUGAUACGGAAAAGGAUAAAACUCAGUGCAGAGAAAGCAAUUUUCAUAUUUGUGGACAAUGUGCUGCCGCCUACAGGGGGAAUUAUGUCUGCCAUAUAUGAAGAGAAGAAGGAUGAAGACGGGUUUCUUUAUGUUACUUACAGUGGAGAGAACACAUUUGGGAACCAGAUUCUAGCGUAGCAUAUGCAAAUUCAGGCAUUGCAUUGUUUCUUUAACAGUACUAUAUUUAUUUUCACCAUAUCGUCCCAAUAUUGGCUGUCAUUUCUUAUUUGUACAUAUUCUAUGAAGACCUUGCCAGUCAAAACAUGUACAGUAGUAUUUUGUAUAUAGCAUUCUAAGAACCUUUCCAAUUUCUGAUUCUCCUGCUUUAUGUUUUAAUAAUAAUUGAUGAUUAAUGUCA